AUGGCGCUCCAGGCUCCCCUCGCUCAGCUACCUAGCCUGUCUGCCAUCGCCCCCGAUGUGCUGACCACGUUCCCUUCACUCUUCACUUCGCCGCUCCAGACACUCCGAAAAUACCGACUCGCACGGCUGCGACCUGAAUCAGAUGUGCGACAGAUACAUUCCGCCACCAAGAGGAUAAGUCGGCCGAGUGCCACCUCCAAUAUCGUUCUACCUGAUUUCGUCGCUUCCCUUCCGAGCGAGAUCGGCAUCCUCAUGACCACCCCAUCGACGUCGAGAUGUCUCUCUUCCACGGUCGCCUCCCACUUAAACCCCCUUUCGACUAUGCGGAGCGCGUUCUCAACGAGUGCGCCGAGGGCGGCGCUAAGGGCGACAACGUCCAGAAACACAUUUACCCCAUCUCAGACACAAUCCUCGGUAGCGUCUUUACUCUUUGGGCCACCGCGAAGGGGAGGUCACUCAGUUUUGAAGCAGCAGUUCCGACAGUUCUCGGCGACCUCGUCACUUUCGAACCAGAACAUGCUCGCCCACGCCGAGCGCACCGCGAAUAACAAUCCAACAAGUGCCACUGCCCAGAAUGCUUUCUACUCCGCUCUCCUACGUGCCAACAUGCCCAAAAUCAUCAUCGAAAGGUACCAGUCUGGUCGAUAUGCUGCGAAUCCCGCUGCUGAUGCUUCCUACCUCAAGGCUCUGCAAAUGACUGGCUCGCUUCCAGCACCGGGUUCUGCCAGUCCCAAUAGUUCUGCAGUCCAGGGCAACAGUCUAAGCCCUGAUAAAUUACGAGCCGUAGGCCAGGCAGUUGCUGGGCAGAACUAUGGGGGCCAAGUUGUCAUGCCCAGCAACAAGUCUGGGACUGGGGCCAAAGAAGCACCGCUGUACGUCGUGGUUGAAGAAUCUUGGGGUGCCACUAUUCUGAAAUGGGUCAAGACAAUCCUCUGGGUUAGCUUGGCCGGUUAUUUCCUCUUGGUCGUACUCACCAUGGUCGUGGAAAUGACGGGCAGCUUCCGAACCAGAGUUGGCCAAAACAACGAGGUACAACCGCAGCACCAGACCGUCCGCUUCGGUGAUGUCCACGGCUGCGACGAGGCCAAGGAAGAACUCCAAGAGCUGGUCGAAUUCUUGAAAAAUCCGGACAAGUUCAAUCAACUUGGCGGCAAGCUGCCGAAGGGUGUUCUACUGGUUGGGCCGCCUGGUACUGGCAAGACAAUGCUCGCGCGUGCUGUUGCCGGCGAAGCUGGUGUGCCUGUCUUUUACAUGUCUGGCUCCGAGUUUGACGAGCUCUAUGUCGGUGUCGGUGCCAAGCGUGUUCGAGAUCUCUUCACUCAAGCACGAAACAAAGCGCCAGCAAUCAUCUUCAUCGACGAACUGGAUGCGGUCGGAGGGAAAAGGAACGCCCGGGAUCCCGCUUACGCCAAACAAACGCUCAACCAGCUUCUGACCGAGUUGGACGGAUUCAGCCCCAGCACUGGUGUGAUCCUCAUUGCGGCAACGAAUUACCCGGAGUCGCUGGAUAAGGCCCUCGUGCGUCCCGGUCGGUUCGACCGCACUGUCAAUGUUCCGUUGCCAGAUGUCCGCGGCCGGGUCCAAAUCCUGAAACACCACAUGCGAAAUAUGCCAAUUGCUGCUGAUGUGGACGCCACUAACCUUGCGCGAGCCACGAGCGGUAUGUCGGGCGCCGACCUGGAAAACCUGUGCAACCAAGCCGCAGUCAAUGCCUCGCGGUUAAAGUACAAGAAAGUCACCGCUCAGAACUUUGAGUGGGCCAAGGACAAGAUCAUGAUGGGUGCGGAGAACAAAUCUCGCGUGAUCCGAGAAAAGGACAAGAUUCAAACUGCGUACCACGAGGCUGGCCAUACCUUGGUGAACUUGUUCACCCCAGCCAGUAACCAACUGUACAAAGUGACCAUCAUCCCGCGUGGCCGAGCUCUCGGUAUCACUCAUUUCCUCCCAGAGAUGGACGCCGUGAGCAUGGCCUACGACCAAUUCAUUGCGCAGAUUGACGUGUCGAUGGGUGGACGGGCAGCAGAAGAGUUGAUCUACGGUCCAACCAAGGUGACAAGUGGCAUUGCCCAUGAUGUGCAGUCAGCUACACAGACAGCAUUCUAUCUGGUCACACAAUGUGGCUAUUCUUCUAAACUCGGCAACGUCGACCUCGCUUCCGACUACGACAAGCUUUCGAGCGAGACCAAGAUGGAAAUCGAGCGCGAAGUACGAGAGAUCGUGGAAGGUGGAAGACAGCGGGCAGACCGAAUCGUCAAGGAGAAGCGGAAAGAACUGGAAGCGUUGAAAGACGCCCUCCUCGAGUUUGAGACGCUUGACCGAGAAGAGAUCAUGAAGAUCCUCCGCGGGGAGAAAUUGCAGAAACUCGAGGUCGAGCUCCGCGAGGACGAUGACCGAGAUAAUAACGACGGAGGGAAUAAAACGCCGCCGAAGAAGGAAAAGGAGACCACCGGGCCCAAAGGCAGUCUGGGCAUCAAGCUCCCCGACGUCCUUCUGCCGCCUAGUACAGGCGGGCGAGGAGGCGAGAAAGAAGGGGUCUCGAGGGUCAGUGAUAGAUGA